AUGGCAGGCAGCAGAGGAGGACAGGCAGCGGGUGGGUGGCAGGCAGGAAUCAGGGCAGGCAGCAGACAGGUUCGGCAGGGCGGGCAGCGAGGGGCAGGCAGUCUCUGCCGGGCGUCGCGGCCGCUGCACCAUCCCCGCCCGGCCGCUCGUGGGGUGCGGCGCGGGCCGGGGAAGGGCCAGGCCAAGGCCCGGGGCUGUCAGUGCACGGCGCUAUCCCGGGCACCGAGGCUCGGCCGCGCCGGCCCCGAGUGGCCCCUCCUCUCGCUCCGCUGCCCCUCCUGCCCCGCCCCGCGGGUGUCGCGGAGGGGCCGCGGGGCGGGCGCCCGGCGGGGCUCCGCGGGAUGGGCCGUGCCGCGCUGCUCCCCCCGGCCCGGCCCCGGAGGGCGGGCGGGUGCGGGUGCGGUGCACCUGCUGGGCGGCUCGGCGCGGCGGGACUCGGCAGCGCUCGGCGGAGCCAUGCCGGCUGCCAGCACACCCGGGCUGGACUCUCAGCGCACCUCCGCGCUAGGGCGGGACAGCGGUGGCCCCCGCGGACACACAGGGCAGUGCCGCCGCCUGCUCCCGCCGCCGCUCGGCUCCCUGCGCGUCCUGCGCGGCAGCGGCACCGACGUGGGCACCGUGCUCGCGUUCCGGUGCUCGGCCGAGCUCCAGCUGCAGGGACCGGACAUCGUCACCUGCGUUUGGAAAGGGAACGGCACGCAGUGGACAGCCGGAGUGCCCUCCUGCAAGCCCAUAUCAAAAUACGAGACUUUUGGCUUUAAGGUGGCAGUGAUUGCCUCCAUUGUGAGCUGUGCUGUCAUUCUGCUGAUGUCCAUGGCUUUCUUAACUUGCUGUCUGAUCAAGUGUGCGAAGAAAAGUGAGAGGAGGAGAGCUCAAAGAGAAAUGCAGCUGUGGUACCAGCUGAGGACUGAAGAGCUAGAGCACAUGCAAGCUGCUUACUUUGGUUUUAAGGGAAGAAACAAUAACAACAACAGUAAGAAACUCAGGAAUACAUCUGGUUUUGGUGAUGUGACUGACAUGGCAUAUGAUAACCAAGGCUUCUACAGCACACGAAGUAUCUGGAAGAGUAAGAACUCCUCCACCCUUGAAGAAGACUCUCUUGAGUCCCAGGAAGAGCGGACUCGGGAUGUCGUAGUUGGGUGUUGCAAAGACAGCAGUGACCUGCUGAAGGUAGCCAAGAGCAGUGGUGCACCUGGGGCACACAUGGUGCCAAGACACAACACUGAACUGCAGACGGUGAACUCCAUACACGUUGUUGAAGUCUACAGUCAUAAGGAUAGUUACAACAAACCAACCUGCCAGUUACCUGUAUAGCUGGUGUCUGAAAUGCAACUGCUUCUCUGGACCAAAAUGACACGUCAAUAGAAAUAUGUGCCUUAAAGACAACAUAGAACGUUUAUUAUUCAUAUGAACUGUAAGUUUUCUAUAUUCCAAGAUGGUUAUUUAAGAGAAAUGCUUCAAGGUCUAAUGCAAAUAAAAGAUGUGAAUAUUGGGGCUGUCAAUCCAGAGCUGUUCUCUGCAGUGUGCUGUGUAGUGUGACCAUGGCGAAUAAUGCCCUUAUGCACAGUGAAGAGGCAUAUUUGCCUCAUAUGAAGUAGCUGAUAAUAAUUGCACACCUCUCAGAUUCCAGUCUUCUCUGAAUCAGUGGGUUUUGUAAGAAUUUCAGAAAGAAAAGUCCCCCAUAUUUUUACAAAAUAGAAUGAUAGAACUACAAAACAAAUUUGGUUUUAAUUAAAUGCCCCAUUGUUUUGUAUCGGAAAGGUCUUUAUUCAUCUGCUCUGUGUUUAGAGACCAUGUAAGACUGGGUGCAGCAAAGGCCCAUCUGCAGGUCUGCCAGCCUGUGGGAGAGGAGAUGGCACAGGGAGGGGUGUGGUGCGGUGCUGUGGCACACCUUGGGGCCCCCACCAGUGACCUCCUGUAGCUUCUACUGGUGUCCCAGUGUGAGAGCAGUUGGUGUGCAGGUGGGGAACAGCAGUGCAGCCUUCCUGGAGCAGCCAGCUCAGGAUCGCUGCAGCAUCAUCCCUGUGAGACCUCUCUAAAUAAAGGGCUGAAGUAGCUUUUGAAAGCCUGCCUUCUUUUCCU